ACACCACAUUCGCAUCCCCGAUUCCACUCGCUCGAUCGGGCCUCCAACGCUCCAGAAUACUGAACAAUCGACACGGCCGAGUUGACGAAUCCCUUACACCCCCGCUUCCACGCUUAGAUCUUGCAUCUCUGGGUGAACCAUUGCCUCCAGCGACAAUGGCCGCACAGCAGGACAAUCCCCUUCUCGAUGCUCUUCCCCCAAAGUCCGACUACCUGACCUACCUGACAAUCAUCGAAUACAAUCUGACCCCCGAAAAUCUACCCGUCCUCCAUCAAGUGCUGCAGGAUGAGUCGCUGACGACGAACAUCGGCUGGGAUCUCGUCCAUCUGCUCGUCCCCUUCCUCCCCGACUCCCAGCAGUGUCUUCUGGACAUUGCUCGUCUUGGCAAUCCUCGGGAAGUCAUCCUCAAAGUGACCGAGAGCCUCCGUUUUAUCGAAUAUGAGGCUACUGGCACCGAGGAGGAAGAUGACGGUGCCACUACAGCAUCGACAUCCAACGCAGCCCCAACCACGGCUAGCGGGCUUCUCGCGGCCCCCGUACCAACGGCCACCAACCAAUUCGUUACUCUCGUCUCCAUGCUCACCAUCUUACACACUCGUGUCAAGACCAAGUUUCCAAGUCGCUUCCUCAGCACCACCCUCCAGGCCAUCCUAGCCAGUCUUUCCAACUCUGUGGUCCAUCGAGAGGAGAUGAUUCUUGCGAUCGUCAAGUUUAUCCGGUCAGUCGCAGGAACCAAACGGCCGUCCCUUCCAACCAGACGCAGCAGCGGCAUGCUGAGCUCGGCGGGAUCGAAGGCCCCGGCCGACGCCUACGCCGGUGACCCCGAAGCCGCAUCAAGUGCAGAUGUCUCCCCAGAGGAAAAGACGAUGCAGUCGAGGCUACUGCAAAGCUUCAUCACCCAUGUCGUGGAGGAGUACAUGCUCAACUUGCCUUCUGAUCAUCCAGACGUGCCCGGCAUGGCAUGGUGCAGUCGCAUUAUGGAAAAACUACACCCCGACCGAAUCAUUCCCGAAACCAAGACGUAUGCAACGCGCUUCGCCGACGAAGAGCCCCUGCAUCGCCGCAUUGAUGCUCUUGGCCAGCUGGCUACCAUCGCAAGAGACCUGAACCUGACCAACGAAGAGCUGUUGCAUGCCGCAGUCACCGUCGAGCAAAUCCCUGCCCACACCGGACACGAUGAAGAUGAACCUCCCGUCUCAGCAGAAGACAUCCCGCUUAGUAGAUUGGGAUCGUUGUUGUUGUUCACUGCGCGACAAGUCUCGAACAUCCUGUAUGACUCGCCAGGCUCAUCCAAAGGCCCUCCGUUUGCCAUUUUCCCCGACCAUCAGGAACUCCUGAAAAACUGCCUCUCCGCUACGCAACAGGGUGCCGGAACGCUGGGAUCGGAGCCAGAAGCUCUGAUCGAUGCCGUGAUUGCCCUGGGCCUCGUCACGCUGGAACGCGACGCUAUCGGUGAGCCGGGGUCGGACGAACAAUUCAAUGAAUAUCUGCAAGUGACCGCGCUAUUAUCAUCGACGUGUCCUUCCAGCAGCCUAAGGGGCCAUGCGCACUACCUGACUUCGACCAUCCUUCGUUCGCAGCCUGACGAACAGGUACGAUUGUCAUUCAUCCGGGAUACGCUAGAACAUUGCCCAUUCGAGAACCUGCGAGUCAGCGCAGUUGGUUGGAUCAAAGGGGAGACCAUUGAGGCAAACCCGACGCCAGUCGCUCCUCAUUCCCAGGAUACGGCCGCGGAGCACACUAUGUUUGCCACACCGUUCCCCCUCGAUAGCCUUGCCGCUUUCCUCUUCCCGUCACUUACAGUGCAGCUCCUCAAUGCUCCCAUUCGCGAAGCCUGGCUGACCUUCCGGACCAACCUUCCCUUCUAUUUGGCGUCACUCAACUUACUCUACCUCCUGCUGUGCGCGCAACAUCUACAUGACACGCUGUCCAUUCACGAUCUCUGGACGAACCAUGACGUUGCGGGAAGCUUCUUGCAGCCAUUGCGGGAUGCGAGUGGGAUGUUCCGAAAAGGCUUGGGCAAUGGAGGUGGAAUCGCAGACGAGAAGGGUGACGACACACUGGCCGAGCUGAAUGUAUUGGAUGAGACGUUGGAACGAGUGACGGCAGCGGUGAAGUUCUUGAAUGAAUGAAGAAAAGGCGAUAGAAAUCGAUGUUAUGCUAGAGAGCUCAUGAAUCUUCCAUUUUCUUGACUUUCAUUCAUGGCAGCCUGCGGCGCCACCGCUUACAUAAGUUUCGUGAACGCCCACC